GGCCCCGCACGGCAUUUGCCAUUGGCCCAUUCGCCAGGGCCGAAAUAGGAAAAGAUAAUCACGUGACUCAUAAGUUGCGCCUUUCCAGCACUGUAAUGGAGUAGCAACCUGCGUCCUCGUGGCCUGAUCCCUCGCCGCUUAUCCAAAUUACCCUCUGUACGCCCUUACACGAAGCCCAUCCCUCUGCAAAUCUUCAAGGUCCUCCAGAUAGGAAAUAAUAGUUUUGUAUAUAUCAUUUUUGGAUAAAUUAACUUGUGGGUAGAUGGCUAUAGGCAGCUACUGUUAUUGUAAUGCUGGAUGGAGUCCCCCUUCAUACCCAGGCGCGAACACUGGUAAAUCUCUCUGCCUCAGGCAUGGUCAGUUGGGUUUAGCUUCGCCAGCUGAGAAAUCUCCCAGACCCUCGCUUCGCAUCUUGGCAAAUUCAACACAGAGAGCCCGAUUCGUUGCUCGGCGUAGAGAGUCCAUUUCGGUUCGGCAACUCCAACGGCCACUAAUUGAGUAUAUGAGCUUGCCGGCGAGUCAGUACUCGGUGCUGGAUGCAGAACGGAUCGAGAGGGUGGAUGAAAACACGUUUAGGUGUUAUGUAUAUAGUAUUAAGUUCUUUGCGUUUGAGGUUUGCCCUGUUUUGCUUGUCAGAGUGGAAGAGCAGCCCAAUGGGUGUUGCAUUAGGCUCUUGUCAUGCAAGCUUGAGGGUUCGCCGAUUGUUGCUGCACAGAAUGACAAAUUUGACGCUUCUAUGGUGAACCGAAUAUCAUGUGGGAGCAACCAUAUCAACUCAUUGGCUCAACGACUGACCUCAGAUACUGUGAUUGAGGUUAGCAUUGAGAUUCCUUUUGCAUUUCGUGUAAUUCCAGUGCAAGCAAUUGAAUCAACUGGCACCCAAGUUCUUGAGCAAAUACUAAGGCUUAUGCUACCCCGUUUUAUGGCACAGCUUGUGAAGGACUAUCAAGCAUGGGCAUCUGGUGAUACCUCUAGGCAGCCUCUUGGGACAGGUCAGAUUUGAGACUAUACAUCACAACCGUUGCCACUGCCCCGAGUUCUUCGCGACAUGGUUAGACUAUAUACCAUUUUCUGUGACCCCUAGAUUGCAUUGUGAAAGGAAAA